UGGGCGGGUCCUGGUGGCGCGGCCUGACGGACCCUAGCGGCGGGAGUCUGCGGGUAGUUUUUUCGGUGGUGGCGAGCCUGGAACGCACGCGGUGCUGUACAACAUGGCGGACGAGGAAGUAGUUAUUUUACCAAAGAAACAUAAGAAGAAAAAGGAGCGGAAGUCUUUACAAGAAGAAGAUGUAGCUGAAAUACAACAUGCUGAAGAAUUUCUUAUCAAACCAGAAUCCAAAGUGGCUCAGUUGGAUACAUCUCAGUGGCCCUUGUUGCUAAAGAAUUUCGAUAAGCUAAAUGUAAGGACAACACACUAUACACCUCUUCCUUGUGGUUCAAAUCCUCUGAAGAGGGAGAUUGGGGACUAUAUCAGGACAGGUUUUAUUAAUCUUGACAAGCCCUCUAACCCCUCUUCCCAUGAGGUGGUAGCCUGGAUCCGACGAAUACUUCGGGUAGAGAAGACAGGACACAGUGGCACCUUGGAUCCAAAGGUGACUGGCUGUUUAAUCGUGUGCAUAGAACGUGCAACACGUUUGGUGAAAUCACAACAGAGUGCAGGCAAAGAGUAUGUGGGAAUUGUCCGGCUGCACAAUGCUAUUGAAGGGGGGACUCAGCUUUCUAGGGCCCUAGAAACUCUGACAGGUGCCCUGUUCCAGCGACCCCCACUUAUUGCUGCAGUAAAGAGGCAACUCCGAGUGAGGACUAUCUAUGAGAGCAAAAUGAUUGAAUAUGAUCCUGAAAGAAGACUAGGAAUCUUUUGGGUGAGUUGUGAGGCUGGCACCUACAUUCGGACACUGUGUGUACACCUUGGCUUGUUGUUGGGAGUUGGCGGUCAGAUGCAGGAACUUCGGAGGGUUCGUUCUGGAGUCAUGAGUGAAAAGGACCAUAUGGUGACAAUGCAUGAUGUGCUUGAUGCUCAGUGGCUAUAUGAUAACCACAAGGAUGAGAGUUACCUGCGGCGAGUUGUUUACCCUUUGGAAAAGCUGUUGACAUCCCAUAAACGAUUGGUUAUGAAAGAUAGUGCAGUAAAUGCAAUCUGCUAUGGGGCCAAGAUUAUGCUGCCAGGUGUUCUCCGAUAUGAAGAUGGCAUUGAGGUCAACCAGGAGAUUGUGGUCAUCACUACCAAGGGGGAAGCAAUCUGCAUGGCUAUUGCGUUGAUGACCACAGCAGUGAUCUCUACCUGUGACCAUGGUAUAGUAGCAAAGAUCAAGAGAGUGAUUAUGGAGAGAGACACCUACCCUCGGAAGUGGGGUUUGGGUCCAAAGGCAAGUCAGAAGAAGCUAAUGAUCAAGCAAGGUCUUCUGGACAAGCAUGGCAAACCCACAGAUAACACUCCUGCCACCUGGAAGCAGGAGUACAUUGACUACAGUGAUUCUGGCAAAAGAGAGGUGGUUGCUGAAGUAUUAAAAACCACACCUUUAGUUGCUGAAGUGGUAAAAGCCCCACAGGUAGUUUCUGAAGCUGUAAAAGUCCCAAAGCGGAAGCGAGAGAGUGAGAGUGAAAGUGAUGAGAACCCUCCAGCAGCUCCCCAGUUGAUCAAGAAGGAAAAGAAGAAGAAUAAGAAAGACAAAAAGGCCAAAGCUGCAUUAGAGCAUGGGGGCGAGCCUGGAGAUGGGGACAGUGACACCACAAAGAAGAAGAAGAAGAAGAAGAAGAAAGCAAAAAUGGUGGAAGUGAUGUCUGAGUAGUGAAGCUGACAUUAAGCCUUGUGCCCAGCUGGUGGGAGAGAUGAAAGCCUUAUUGAGAAAACAGUUUCUUUUGUUUUGAGGGAGUAGAACAAAGGUUCUGGACAGGGUGGAAAGUUCUGGCACAUUUUAGCUGCUACUUAAAACUUCAGUGAUACUACCUGUUGUGGUCAUCCCAUCUUGUCCUGUUUUAAGGAUGUGGGUGGAUUAAAAAAAAAAAAAGGCAGAUUGUAUGCCAUUGACUUCUAUGCUUGCUUGAGUUGGGAAGCCUCAGUUUCAGACCUAGAACUGUCCAGUAACUGCCUGGAUCUGUUUAUUAAUGACCAUUUUUAACAUUAUAGUUCUCUCCUACUUUAUUCUGUUUUUUUUUUUUUAACUUUGUUCAAAAAGUUUGUAAAAAUUAAGUCUGCUCAAUGAAACGGUGUAGAACUCUUGAUAAAUGAAAGAGUAACUGAACCAACAUGUUCACUGGGGAAAUCUUGUCUCCAAUGGCCUUUGAGGACAGUGGUCUAUUCUGGUGUUGGGUAUGGGCCUCACAGGCCCAGUACUGUCCAUCUUGUUUCUGGCCUAGCUGUCAGUCCUUUGUGUACUCGUCCAGUGCUUGUGUGUUCAGCAGCAUUUACCCAAAUCCAUCUGGCUACUUGUGUUUGCGGCAGAAACAACUUUUCCUGUACCCUCAUGUUAUAAACCCUCAUUUACAUUUGAAGAAUGGACUUGCUUAUUGCUGGGAGAAGAGUGUUGUAAUUUUUACAUAUUAAAGUUGACUCAUGGCAUUU